GAAACACCUUACGUAAUGAUGCAUUACGGCAAAAAUUUUACUGGUAAUGAGCGAUUCUUUGGAUUUUGUGUGGACAUACUAGAGCUGAUAGCGCGUAAUAUUGGUUUUGACUACAUUCUUGACUUGGUACCUGAUCGAAAGUAUGGCGCUCAAGACCCAUUUACAGGUGAAUGGAACGGUAUGGUGGCGCAGCUGAUGAAAUAUUGUGCCCAGCGAAGGGGGCCGGGUUUGCUAGUUGAAUAUAAAAUGCCAUGAUUUGGUGUUGGCAGAGCAAAAUAA